AUGGCUGGGCACCCUACGAACUUCUCAUCAGUGAGCGAAACAGAAAAACAGAUAAAGCUGGCUUUAUACGCGCUUACAUUUCUGCUUGGAGUUACUGGAAAUUCGCUAGUCCUUGUCAUUCUUUGGAAGAAGCAUCGCAAAUCCGUAAACGAUAUACUUAUUUUUAAUUUAUCCACGUCUGACUUAACGCUGCUGCUGCUCUCUUUACCCGUUAACGUCUUGCUUUUUGGUGGGAUUGAUUUUCCGCUGUUUUUCUGUAAGUUCAUCUGCCCCCUCGUCACAGUUACGUUUAAUGUUGGUAUCUUUACGUUGACUUUUAUGGCAGUUCACCGCUGCCGAGUCAUCAUCAAUUCGCUUAAACCGGAAAUGCGACAUAAAUAUGUUAUCAUGUGGAUUAUUCUCAUUUGGAUGACUGGGUUUCUUCUUUUACUUCCACUCAUAAUAGUGGGAGAGGCUACGAGAGGAGGAUGUACAGAAUCCUGGAGACCGUACCAAAGUCGCAUAUACACUGCUACAUUGUUUGCAUUACAGUACGUCAUACCACUUAUAACUAUCACAGGUGCUUAUAUCAUGAUUGGGAUUGAAAUAGGCAGGGCGAAAAAGCGCCAUGACUCUGACGCACAGGAUCGGUUUGGCUUAAAAAUACGGCGAAAAGAGGAUCUUCAAAUCAUCAAGAUGAUGGGAAUUAUUGUUAUAUUGUUCGCAGUAUUUAUGCUGCCAAUUCAACUGGCGUGGUUUAUAUCGGACUUUGGACCUGCCGAAUAUAAGAAAGUAGCCAAUGUGUUGCUACGGAUAGCUGAUAUUGCAGCGUAUUUACACGCAUGCGUGAAUCCAAUCAUUUACGGAACUAUAACUAAGUUCUUUCGGCGACAAUACAUCAGAUAUCUGAAAUCUGUUUUCGUCUGCAACAAGUGAUUUGAUUUGAUUUAUUUCUUUGUUUUUGUCACGUUACAGGUUGUAUAUACUGAAAAAAAAAAUGUAUAAUAAGAUGGUGACGGUGAAGUCUGAACUGGAAACCUGGAGCUAGAAGAAUUUCUCAGGCGGUAGAUGAAAGCCAGAACACCAUGACAACGAAAAAUAUCUGUCACUGACUAUUCCUAAUUUGUAUGAGGCUGAAAACAUAGUGAUAGCCGUUGUAAUUCUAGGUAACAUAAAUGACGAUUUCCUAGGUUAUCCAAAUAAAAUAAUGGCGAAUUUAACUCAAAAAAGUCAUUCAGAGAUGUCUUUUUAGUCCAUAAGCGAAUUCUCAAAAAGAAAGCUAAAAAUGGAUUUUCGUAGCAUCCUCCUUGGUACCUAGUGAAAUUGGUAUCAAAUUAAAGCUGAAGGACUGAAUAUUUUAAAUCUACUCGUUACCAGGACGGUAACUGGUGCGCAUAAAGGAGAUAGAUAGGAAAGGAGAGGAUACAUUUUGCUUUACUAAUACAAAAACUCUAAUAGAAAUCACGAAAUAUAUACUCGCCCGAAGUUGAUAACACUUUUUAAAAUAUACCAAAAAUUAGUAUUUUGUCACAUUUCAAACUUUUCAAAUAUUUUUUUUUUUUGCCAAGCCGUCGCACCCAUCACUAUGAAAACCCGAAAAAAAAACCUAUUCCCACUAUUUUGUUAAUUAGAAAUGGAUUUCUUUUAUGUUUGCAACCCAGUUCUCUCGAAAAAAUCAAUUGUUUUAAUUUGUGUUUCUACUUGUUAUCGCAUCGGUUUGAGCAACCACAUGGCAGGGUCCACCAUCUUGGAAAUUUGGUGAAUCAGCAGAAGGUAAGAAAUUGCCUAUUCUUUUUUGCAAAUUGGCUUCGUGUUAUCUUUUUAUAGAUGUCUAGUGUAGAGGUGGUGUCUUACAUCCACCUAUUUUAGACAUUUUUAUGGAACAUUUGACAUAAACACGUUAUUUUUUUUAAACAAAGUUUUAAAAACUUAUAAUGAACUAGUACUAUUAAAAGUAAAUAAUGUGAUUUGAAAAAAGGAAAAUAACGUACUUUUACAGGAGCAUGGAACUGUAUUUAUUUACCUAGAAUAUUACCUCUUGUCAUUUAUACUGUUAUAGUCUCUUUCUUUCCUUGGAUGACGUACAGGACAGGCAAUGGCAGGAUAAAUAACCUUAAUCCUGUUCAGUACAACCAUCCCAUUCAAGAACCGACAUCAGCUCCGACAACCUCCAAACUAGGAUUAAUGUUUCUGUCAUGUACAAGAUGAAUCAGGGACGUUGUCCAACGUUUAGAAAAUUGGUCAGCUAAGAUUACAAGCACGUGCGAAGGAACGGAAAGAUGCUAUAUGGGCCAAGGUGAAGGGUUUCAGGGAGGAAGGGCCGAUGGGCCAAUAUCACAGACGAUGACGUUAUCAAUUAUACACUGAUAUUAGGACCGUUGAGAAGCAACUUCAUAUUCUCAGUGAAGACUCUCUCGAAGAUAUAGAGAUUACUUCAUGGUUGGUGAGUGCGUACGAUUUUUAUUCACGAGUUGUGAAGAGUCGCAAACUCACUCGUUCGCUGCGCUCACUCGUUCGUUUGCGAUUCUUCACAACAAGUGAAUAAAAAUCGUACAAGCGAACCAACCAUGAAGUUAUUUGUUUAUUCAAGUACUGAGAUUUCUUGCAAACAAUAAUGACAAUUAACAGCGAUAAGACAAUGAAAUGAGUUUUAUUUACUCAUACGGUCUUUAAAAAUUCAACAUCUUUUCAAAAUGUCUAGACAAUAAAAUGAGUUUUAUUCAUUCGAAAACGUAAAAACUUCAACAUUUUCUUUUCAAAAUUUCAGCAAAGGGAAAAGAGGAAAUUUUAAAGCUAGUGAUACAUAACAACAUAUUCAUAUCAUAGCAAUGUUUUUACUCGACGUCACUGUCCUCCACUGUCACUGCUAUCGAAGCGUUUGGCGUGUUUCCUCAGUUUCCUUUCUUCUGUAACUCUUUCUGUUUGGACAGGAGGACUUUUCUUGUUUUCGCAAAUACGAGGGUCAUUCUUUUUAGAUGUCGUUCAAAAUGAUACUGGCAUUGUUGAAGAGUAUUCAAACGUUAGAUAAAGCUUAUUUUUAUCCCUAAAAAUUUUUCAUCUGUUUUAGAUGUCGUUCAGAAAAAAACCUUUUUAAGGUAAAAAUCAGUUAAAAAUGGGCAAUUAUAAUUGUUUUGAAGUUCGAAAAUCCUAGGGAGGCCAAGAAGGAAAUUUUUCAGAAAAUGAAUUUCCAACUUUGGUUCUUGAUCUUUGGUUCCGAAAUGAUACACUCGCAGAUGUAUUCGCUUAACUCCAAUCCUGGAAUUUCUUGAACUUUUCUAAGUUCAUUCCUGGUUCCUAAAAAGGUUUGCAAAAGUUUUACCUCUCGUUGUGUUUUUUGUAAUGUGGCUUUGUUUUCCUGUUCUGCAAUAAAAUUGUCAACUGAACCGACGUCCACAAACCUUCCCGACAUCUUGAAAAUAAAAAGGCGGCUUGCCAGUUUUCGCACCAAGGAUGACAAGGCUUGCCGUACGACCACUUUUCACUUUUGAUAAACAUCGUUCGUCCAAUCAGACGCCGCGAACGAUGAUUUUUCACUAGCGAAAUUUCAUCGUUCGCGUCGCUGAUUGGCUGCGACUAAAAGCAGAACGAUUUUUUCAUCACUGUCAUCUGUGUGGAUAAAUCUCAGUACUUAUAAAAUAAAAUGACAGUUCUGAUUCUGUCACCGAGCCUCCCGUAGCAAAACUUAUUUUAAGGUUCCAGGUUGAUGCAUUUGACAUAAACAAAUGUGUUAUUUGUCAGCGAGACAAAACAAUGCUUACGAAGAACAAAGGAGCAAGAUCAAGAGAACCCUUAAAGUGCUACUACGAUCAAAAUUUAAUGUCAAGUUUGUUACAAAAACGCUUUCUUUUCAGCUUAUCAGAAGUGGCUGUACCUGUUUCGGUCAUUGAAGUGAACUUUGGCGCCCUCUAAGUGAAAAUAUUGAGAUUGAAAAUGAUUUAUGUUCCAGUGACAAAGCUAUUGUUCUCUGAUUGUGACGUCAUUUUCUGAACACGCAAAGAAAACAAACCUGAACCGUGAGAAAACAGCGAGCGAUUCUCAAAGCUUCGCUCGUCUUCGCCCGAUUCUGGAAUUGUGAAGGAGGAAAUCAUAGAUUACGAUGACUCUGUAGAACCAGCACCGACUGAAUAUGAGAAAGUCAAAUACUAAGGGCAGCUAGCCUGAGAGAAGGAAAAAACACACUCUACCAAGUCGUAUUUUAUGCAGUUUGUGCCGACGGAGAGUCGGACUACUGGUAGGUGUAUUUGUAUACGUACUGGCAAUAAUAAUAAUAAUACACAGGCAAGACGAUCGAGAGUCAGCACCAAUUUCACCUGCCUUCUAGCCACUCUCGAGUGCUCAUUUCAGUCCAAGUGAAGAUAAAGUUUUGCUUUAUAGCUCUUCAGGCACAGCGAAUCAGAGUGGGUGACGUUUUCAGUUCAGCUAAGUUUCAGUUCUAAAGCAGCCAGCUCGUUGUCAUGCAUGUGUCUUUUUUUACCAUCUUAAACGGACGGCUUUCUUUUAUUAUUGAAAAUUUAAUUGUUACUUUAGUGUUGCGUAUCUGAGCUGAGGAUUUUAAAAUUAGAUUUAAUGUUAAGUUCUCUCUGUCAGAAAAGUUAAUUUACUCAUUUUCAAUAUAAAUAGAUAAAUAAGGGGAUCGCUCGCUCUUGAUUUGGUAUAUCAAUUUAAUAAUUUUCAGUGCUGACAUUAAAGACUGUCACAUUCUUUAUAGCUCAUGUUUUUUGAAGUAGAUAUUGAUACUUGUAUUAAUAUAAAUCUAGACCACCGUCCGACGUUCGCACGGGGGGGGCCUGGCGGGUCUUUUUGGUCAUAGGUAAAGUACACCAGUUUAGUAAAAUUACUACAACCCAGCAGUAGUCACAAGAUUUUUAGUAACCAAUCAUUAUGCGACAAGUCUAGAGCGUAGCAAUUCUUAGAGCUGGGACAACUAGGGUUAUGCGCAUUUUAGUCUUUCCAAGCAGGCAAGCACUUCUAUCUAGCAAGCCUCUUUUAGCUUUUCAAGUAAAAUUUUCUUUUGAUCAUGGCAACUGCUUCAGACCUCAAGGCAGAUCGCAGAGUCGUAAAAUGUCCAGGGUGUAAAACGCCUAUAAAAGAUCACCAUUGGGGUAUUCCCUCAAAGUUUUGCGAGGGGUUCGAGAAAUCCUCGCCUAAAAACGAAGUGGAAACUUCAUCUCCGAGCGAAACAGUUUUCUCCGCCUUGGCAGCUGAGUUAGAGUCCUUAGAACUCGAAGAAGAAGAAUUGCGGCGUUAGGAGGAAGAGUCGAACAUGCGGAAACGGAUAGCGGAUAAGCGAAAGCUCAUCGAGAGGCUCCGAAAAUCUGGCUAAGGAGAUGCUGCUGGUGAGGACAACACCCCCCGCUUGACAGUCAAGGAUCUACCGAAGGUGGAUUUCAGCGAUUCUGAGGGCAGAACCCCUCUUGACGAAUUUUUGGCUGGUUGGGAAGAUCAGCCCCCACGGACACGAUUUGGAAGCGUGCUGGAGCUUGUGAAGGCGGCCGCGUGCAGUCAUCUCACCAGCCGUCGAGUACGGAAAUGUUUCUCAAACCCAUGAAGACAGCGAAGGGUGAGAAACCAUGGCUCAUGAUAGACUAUGUAAAUAACGUUGUCCCCCAAGAAGAGGAAGAGACCUUGGGCAACCAAGGAAGUGCUAAAAUUGUGGUGACUUAUGGGCCAAAAAAGCCAAAAUUAGAGUCCAUUUCUAUCCCACAGUGGGUGGUUGCGAACACUCGUAUUUUUUAUACCUUACUCUAAAAGGGCAAAUUAUCUACUCAAUCGGCUAUUCAAGAUUAUCUAGCCUACACGGUCAAAAUAAUGGAAUUGAUAGCUAGGUACGAUUGGAAGUCUAUUCUUAUGUACGAUAAUGAGUUUAGGAAAUUGCAGGCUAUCUAUAAGUUUUCAUGGAGUUUUGACUCCACGCAUUUGCAUACGGUUUUACUUCAGCCCAUUUAUGAACCUAACCCACCCACAGCCACUACUAAACCAUCUGCUUCUAAUACCUACCAGCGCAACGCCUUUGCCAGCUUUACGCCAGAUGGUAGGGUUAUCUGCCGCAAUUUUAAUGGGCCCAGGGGUUGUACACUCCCAAAUUGUAAUUUUGCCCAUGUCUGUAAUCGCAAGAUUGCAGGGAAGGCUUGUGCCAUGUCUCAUCCAGGGUUCUCUCACAAAGUUGCCGAACCUCCAAGCGCGCAAACACCGCAAUGACUACCCCUACAUAAAUUAAGUAAUAGUCCCCUUAACCGCAAUCUUUGGCUGUUAGAAUUAUUCCUAUUAUUCCUAAACCAAAUUUCCCUGAAAUUCGCCUCAUCCAUGAUUGCUCUCGUCCGCACGGACAGGCUGUAAACGACUACAUCACUACCAAUUCUUUUAAAUUUCAAACUCUUGACGACGCUACUACAUUACUGCGGCCAAACUAUUAUAUGGCAAAAAUUGACCUCUGGCAUGCAUACCGCUCUGUUCCCAUUCACCCCGACAAUUAUAAAGCAACCGGGUGCAAGUGGCAAUUUCUUGGUGAUCAUAGCUAUACUUAUUUUUACGAUACUCGUUUCCUUUCGGAGCCAAAAGCUCACCGGAAAUCUUUCAUCGCAUUACGCAAUCGGUCCGCCGUAUGAUGGCCAGACGAGGAUUCCCUAACAUCAUCGUUUACCUUGACGAUUUCUUCGUGAUUGGCGCCACACGAGAAGAAUGCCAGCUUGCAUACGACACGCUUUUUCAACUGUUGAUCGACCUUGGUUUUACCCUCAGUGAACAUAAACUGGUGCCGCCUACUCAGCGCUUAACCUUUUUAGGUGUGGAACUCGACACCAUGGCUGGCACUAUGACCUUACCGGCGGAUAAACUGGCAGAGUUACAAACCGUCGUCCUCGAAUUUCAAAACAAACAACGUGCGAGCAAAAAACAACUGCAACGGUUAGCCGGCAAAUUAAAUUGGGCAUGUCGUGUCGUUUAUGGGGGCCGUACUUUUCUCCGCCGUAUUCUUGAUGCCAUGAAUGCGUUGAGCCCUUCUGGGAAAUUCAGGUUAGACUCCUCUUUUCGCAGCGAUAUCGCCUGGUGGGUGAAUUUUCUACGCAUCUUUAAUGGCACUAGGAUGUUUCUAGAUCGCUUAGCGACAGUCGACGUGUCCACUGAUGCAUGUCCCGUUGCAGCUGGUGGCUAUUUCAGAGGUGAUUGGUUCUAUCAUCAUUUCUCGCUGGACUCCCCAGAAUUGCAGAACCUUCACAUAAACCACAAGGAGACCCUGGCAAUUGUACUCGCCGCACAACGCUGGGGUCCAUUGUGGUCCCAUCAACGCGUGGUUAUCCAUAGUGACAACCACGCUGCUGUGCAGAUCAUCAACAAAGGAACCACCGCCAGUCCUGUUGUCAUGAACGCCUUGCGCACGCUAUUUUGGCUUUCGGCUCUUUACAAUUUUCACAUCACUGCAGUUUAUUUGGCAGGCACUGACAACGCCCUCGCAGAUUCUAUCUCGCGCAUGAGACUACCGGCCUUCAUAAUUUUUACGCAUUUCUUUGUAGUAAAUUUUCUACCGUUUCUGCUAACUCAGUCCCGUUGGCCGCGCAUAUGUCUGUUUACAGCGUUAACUACCUUUUCUUUCAGGUCCACGGGAUCCUACCCUAGCAGCACAGCUCACAGAGGAAGUUCAGUACUAUCGUUCCCAGCUUUUCGCCAUGUCUACCAAAGCGACCUACAAAACCCACCGCAACACCUACUUUCGCUUCUGCAAUCGCAUGGGCUACACACCUGUUCCUGUGCAAACACCACAUCUUCUUCAAUAUGCCGCCUUUUUGGCUCGUUCGCUAAAACCACAAUCUCUUCGUGGCUACCUACACAUUAUUGGUAUUUUACAUAAGAAGUUUGGCUUCCCCAACCCUUUGAUCGACAACUGGCCUCUAAAAUCUUUGCUCACUGGAAUCAAGCGCGCCGUAGGUGCCCCGCCAAAUCAAAAACUACCUAUUACUGAGGCUAUACUUUUGCGUCUCCAUUCUACGUUAAAUUUUACCCUCAGCUUCGAUGCUUCAUUUUGGGCAUUCUGUUUAGUCGCAUUUUUUGGCAUGUUUCGUAAGGCGCACUUGUUACCUAUUUCCUUGGGCAAGUUUGAUUCUAGCAAGCAGCUUACUAAAGCUGAUUUUCGGGCUUUUUCCUGGGGUACACUCAUCACUAUUCGCUGGAGCAAAACUAUUCAAUUUCGGGAACGGGUGGUGGAAAUACCCUUACCACGUAUUCCCCGCAGCAGGUUAUGCCCGACCACCGCCAUUAUUCUUGCCUUUAGCUUCACCCCUUCUACCCCAGACAGCCAAGCCUUCAACUGGGUCCCAACCCCUUCAUCCGACCCACAGAUUUUUACCUAUGCAUUAUUUCUACGUAAGCUAAGGGACCACCUUUCCCUUAUUGGUAUCGAUCCUACGUUAUAUGCGGGUCACUCUUUUCGUCGCGGGGGGGGCGUCCUUUGCUUAUCAGUCUGGCGUUCCGAUAGAACUUAUUAAAGCAUUAGGCGACUGGCGCUCGGAUACCAUCCUCAUCUAUCUAACCAUGCCUCUUACUAUCAGACUCAAAACAGCUAAUAUGCUUUGUAAAUCCAUUUUAUCUCACUCCACCUAAUUUUCACACUCAUAUCACUUCACUUGGGUUUGGGCUGUUUCUAUUUUAGGACUUUGAUCAUAAGUUAGAAUAAGUAUUUUUCAAUAGGUGUACUAGGUUUACGCGUUUAUGUUUGUAAUAAAGACUGUCAGACCCAAAGUGUGUACAUGUGGUGGUUUAGGUGGAUAUUGAUACUUGUAUUAAUAUAAAUCUAGACCACCGUCCGACGUUCGCACGGGGGGCCUGGCGGGUCUUUUUGGUCAUAGGUAAAGUACACCAGUUUAGUAAAAUUACUACAACCCAGCAGUAGUCACAAGAUUUUUAGUAACCAAUCAUUAUGCGACAAGUCUAGAGCGUAGCAAUUCUUAGAGCUGGGACAACUAGGGUUAUGCGCAUUUUAGUCUUUCCAAGCAGGCAAGCACUUCUAUCUAGCAAGCCUAUUUUAGCUUUUCAAGUAAAAUUUUCUUUUGCCCUCCCACCGCUCCCACGGACAGUCUUCUUAUCGUAUACGUAAUUUGUUUCGUGUCUCUGUUUCUAUUUUAGGACUUUGAUCAUAAGUUAGAAUAAGUAUUUUUCAAUAGGUGUACUAGGUUUACGUGUUUAUGUUUGUAAUAAAGACUGUCAGAUCCCAAAGUGUGUACAUGUGGUGGUUUAGAAGGUUGUGUCUGCCUAUGCCUUCCCUAUCGAUUGACUGCAGAUCAUUAUGCAACUUAUAAAUUGCAACACUAAUAGAAAUUCAGAGAUUUUAACUCCUCCAACUAUUGUCAAUGAUAUCCCCUUGUAUUCCCAUCAGUUUCUUUCGAUAGCCUGUCCAUGCACUAACCUUUGGAUACAGAAACUAGCUGCAUGUCACUGUACCAAAACUUGAUAGUUUUGGCGUUCAAUAUUCAUAACGGGUGCUCACAAAACACCGGGACUGCAUCGUGCGCCUUUGGCGCUUUGGUACCCUGCAAGCUUCGGUUCAUCGCGUUUUGAAAGAUGGAAAUUUUGAUAUUCCCGCGUAAAAGAAGACCGAUAAAACGUGUCUUUCAUUGACUACAGUGAAACGCCCGGAAAUGAAGGAUGUUUUGAAAGAAACGGGAAAACUGAUAAAAGUAAAUAUUUGUUUUGAUAAGUGAAAUUAAUGAGAAAUAACCAUAAACUAGUUUUGUUGUUUUGUUUUUUAAAAGCGGUUUGUCUGGUACCAGAUUUGUACAAUUACUUUCAAUCAAACAUGGAUCGGGUUUUGUUAAUUAUGACAGAAUGUAAUUAAAAAGCAUUAUGUUGACAGCUACAAGGCACAUGCUUGCCUUAAGCUGCGAGUAUCCCGCCAUGUUUUAAACAAAGGGCCUCUAACCAAGCCGGCAUUCUAAUCCGCCACAAAUAUGUGAAGCACGUGUCUUUCAAAGUCGCCUAGUACUUAAAAUCGGGGCUCUUCCUGUUAUGACUUUUAUAGAUUACGUUAUGAAAUUGUUGUAUGUGACGUUUUUCUUUAAAUUCAUUUAUUAUUCAAACCCAGGUGUGCAUAUUUUUGGAUGCUCUCUUUACUGGGACCUGAGCUUUGAAGCUUUGGCUAGACAAGAAAAUAUAUACAGUAGUGUAUUAAAUAUAUUAAGUUAGCUCUCUGGAAAAAAGUCACAGACACGUGAUUUAUUUGAUAUAUAGCAUAAAGGAACAAGGAGGAAGAAGGGUAGGAACAAUGACUGUAGCAAAAGGCCAAGGACAUGAAACUUGUUGAGUAGGAGGCAGAAAAUUUAUCAAAGGACUACAAACAGGGGAAGAAAGAAAGACGUAUCAAAAUCAAAUGUGUCAUGCUAUUUGGCUGCAGAUGUUUUGGUAAUAAAAUCUUAUUAACCCGUGAGCUUGGUACAAUGUCUACAAUUGGCACAUCAUUGUGACAAGAAAAAUAGAAAGUGCCUGGGUAACCAGUGUCUGUAAAGCUGGAUUAAGAAUAUAUAGGAAUUUCUGACUUGAAACACACAAAAGAGGCCCUGCCAGGGUAAAUUCCGACAAGCGACAUGGCCCAAAAAGUAGCGACAGAGCCUAAAAUGAAAUCGCGACAAGCGACAACCUCCUUCGGCCAAAUUGCGACAGUGACGGCAAAGCCGAGAAUAUGCGACAAAGAACGGUGGUUUGGCUAAUUUAUCACCAGUCUGAAUGCCAUAAAGAAGUAAGUUUUGUUAAUUUUCCUUGUGCUUCAGAGAUUGUCUAUCGUCAGGGAGUUUCAGUGGACCAUCCUGAGUGCGUCGCUGUUGGCCCUUCGCGUAUUCAUUUACGCUACCCCGCACAACUCCUGGGAGACCUUGGAACUAGGUUGUCCGUCAAAUAGUUUAACUUCACGUACGCUUUACAUCUCUUUCACUGCUUUCAUAUACACUAUAAUGCGGGUGUCUGUAAAACGCGGACCGGAUACCUGCGGAUGGCGUAUGCGGAUGGGAAAAUGCGGAUGGAAAAAUGCGGAUGGAAAAAAAUGCGGACAACAAAAAAAGUAAGAAGGAAAAAACGAGAAAUGCGGAUGGCAAAAAAAAAAUAAAAAAUAAACAAACAAACAAUGGGAAGAAAUCUUUCUUUCAAGUAGCUGUCACAUGGUUGGACCCUUCACUUACAUACAGAACGUGAUGCCAAUAGUUGACACAGUUAUUUUGUACCCUGUAAUUCCUUUCAUUAAUGUCACAGAAAUAAGGACGCUCCGUUCCUCCUCCUUAAAUGCACACGUACAUGGUGCACUUCUCCUUUGAGUGUUUAGCCUAAGGUUUGCAGGCAAGGUAAACAGCUCAAAAAAUCGGCUAGCAAAGGUUCGCUUAUUUUGCACUGGCCUCUUUAAUAUUCUUCUCUUUACCAAAUAAGGAGCCAGUGGUCCCUGCAAUCACGGGUCAGAAUGCAGAAUAUUACCAUACCAGCAUCCUAAAGGUUUAGUUUAUGGCUUUUAUGCAAGGUAAACAGCUCAAAAAAUCGACGAGCAAAGGAGGUGUCUGCAAAACAAGGACCGGAUACCUGCAGAUGGCGGAUGUGGAUGGGAAAAUGAGGAUAGAAAAAAUUGUGAACAAUAACAAAAACAAAAAAACACAAAUUUGGAUAUAUAAAUUGUGUCACUAAAACAUUUCUUAACAAAACAAAACGUGUAUAACGUUGUUCGGACAACAACAACAAAAACGGACUGAAUUUGCUCAAAUUAAAAGGAAAUUAGAGAAAACAAACUAUACCAAAAAACAGGGUGAAGUACGCGAAAAAAUCGGCGUGCUUUGCGCCGCCUAUUUCACGCUUGCCCCGCUAAAUCGCCAUGUUUCCUCACAAAGGAGCCUGAUCGUCAAAAGGGCUCAUAAUACAAAUCAACUUUCGCUCUGCCUUGACUCUGGUCGACUCUGCCAUAGCAGAUAGUUCAGAGAGUGAUUGAGAACUGCAGUGGUCUUCUGUUACACAAUUUCCUCUCGGUUUUGUGUGAAUCGGUCUUGUUUAAUGAGGGUUUUUCUACAGAAAUUCAUCUUCAAGCAAUAUGCCGCACCCUCAACGGAGUCAUAUUUCUGGCCUUCGUUCCAUUUUCACAGUUUUACGAAAAGCUUCCAUCAACAUAUAAAAAAUGCUGAUCUGGUGUAGACAUAGCUAAAAAAUUUAUAUAGUGUUCUUAAGAAGCCGCUUGUUUUUUUUCUGAUUUGUAAUAAUGAAACAUCUUUCCAUGUAGAAAAAAUAUGUUUGGUCGCUGCUUCGCAGAUAGACGGGAGACGGGAGCGGGCCAAAUAAUUCGAAUAUUAUAUAAAUUAUUUUCGAUUCCGAAUUCUGCCCUUCACGCUUUUAAACUAAACACUCACUGAGGAUAUGUUUUCGAAACUAUUUUGCUAACAGAAAAAUUCGAAACAAAAACAAAUGAAACAGAAAGUAGCCUUCAUUAAUGCGUUUCCAAGCGACACUUUUUUGCGGGAGUUUAAUUUUGCAGAUUAUUUUUACACCUUUUCGGGAAAUAAUUUUUGCGCUUGAUCAAGAAGUCUGUUUUUUUUUCUUUUUAAUCUGCAGUAUAUUUUGCAAUUUUAAAAAUUCGAACUCAUUAUUCGUGCACUUAUAAAUUCCCAAAGGGUAGAACUUGUAAAAAAUAAAUCCACAUGAGAUGCCAAUCAACUCCGCCUGAUCCGCCUAUGCCAAAUCGGAACGUUCGGCCUUUUUUCUGGUUGAUGCUGCAAUUUUUUUUGUCUUGAGCCGCUCAAACACAUGAAUAAGUCUUGAUUUGAUUGCCCUGAGAAUAGCCUUUCUGUAAGUUGAGUACACUAUAUCCAGUAGGAGCAAAGAAAUCAUGCCUCCCCUUCUUAGCGUGAUAACAAUGACAUUCCUAAUAAAGUAAAUGUUAACAAAAAUAGCGAUCACUCGAUCCUGAAAGUAAAGACAGACUGCUUCGUGAAUUACACCGCUUUAGGAUGCUGGUAUGGUAAUAUUCUGCAUUCUGACCCGUGAUUGCAGGGACCACUGGCUCCUUAUUUGGUAAAGAGAAGAAUAUUAAAGAGGCCAGUGCAAAAUAAGCAAACCUUUUCUAGCCGAUUUUUUGAGCUGUUUACCUUGCCUGCAAACCUUAGGCUAAACUCUCAAAGGAGAAGUGCACCAUGUACGUGUGCAUUUAAGGAGGAGGAACGGAGCGUCCUUAUUUCUGUGACAUUAAUGAAAGGAAUUACAGGGUACAAAAUAACUGUGCCAACUAUUGGCAUCACGUUCUGUAUGUAAGUGAAGGGUCCAACCAUGUGACAGCGACUUGAAAGAAAGAUUUCUUUCCUUAACUGUUUCUUUGUUUAUUUUAUUUUAUUAUUUUUUUUGCCAUCCACAUUUCUCUUUUUUCUUCUUCUUACUUUUUUUGUUAUCCGCAUUUUUUCUUCCAUCCGCAUUUUCCCAUCCGCAUCCGCCAUCCGCAGGUAUCCGGUCCGCGUUUUACAGACACCCCUAUAAUGCACCUUGUUUUCCCCCUCAGCGUUUUGCAUAACCAUUGUUUCGAAAUUCUCCAGGAUAUUACAGUCGUCCCAAGAGAAAUCGAAAACAAUGGUUAUGCAAAGUUUUGGGGAGGUAAACAAGGUGCAUUAUGGUCUAUGUGAAAAUGGUGAAUACUUUGCUUGUUCCUGAACUUCUCACAUCCUUGUCGACCUCUGCCCGACGGUGACAACGGUGGAGAGACCAGGGACCACGUAACUUAACCAGCGACCUUCCAACCGAUCUCACAGAGUAGACCACCGUUAACCGGCCUUCACGUGCGAUUUAUCAGGUCAGUUAGUCUUAAAAUGUUGAACGUGGAUCACUUAGGGUGUGUUGACAGUGUUCCUUUAAGCGAAUCCAAAAACGGAUUUCUGAUCCGAGAUUUGCCGGAUUUCGCGGUCGAAAGGAACGUGAAAUCCGAAAUUGGAUUUGUGACCUUGGUAACCUUUCGCAAACGCGUGCAAUAUGCAUGACAGCCUCAGCCUAUCAAGAAAUGACAUUUUUUCUACUGUUUGACAAAUUAUGCGAUUAUACCGUACAGAAUUUUGUGGUCGGCAGUUCGAAUAACAACGAUGAAACAUACUGAACAGACCAAGAAAGGAGCGCGCUAAAGUUGAAAAUUAUCUAAAGGUUGUCGGGUCAGUUUGAUCCAGUUUCGUAGCUCGGUUUUUUAUGUCACACGAUGGAGUGCCUAUCGCGUCCACAAGCGAGUUUGUAGAAAGAUAGCAGCUAUUUGUCCCUUUUAGCGACAAAUGGUCAGCACAUAGAUAUUUUACUGUACCACUAUGAACAAGCUUCUAGUGUUUUCAGAUGUUUGACGGCAAAUGGCAGCAAUUAGGAAACUCUACGGGAAAUACAGCUGGAUCAUCUGACUAAUUUCGAAUCCACUGUGAAUGGAACAGUGUAGAUCACUAAUCCGUCAAUCUGGAUUCGGAUUCUUCGGAUUUCAAAUCCAAUGUGAAUCCUUUUCCUUUUUCAAAAAGGAUUCACCAGAUCAAAAAUCCGUUUUUGGAUUCACCGAAAGGAACAGACCCUUAAUUGUGAAUGGCGAUGUAUAGGUGUUCUAUACGCAAAAGGUUAACUGAGAAAUUGCACAACUGUAAUGGUUUCUUUACAACGCAUCGCUAUCCCCCUUUUCUAAAAUUCCGACAAAGACAAAGAAUUUUCGUUCAAUUUCCGACAGCGACGUGAAGCAUUAAUAAACACUGACACGAGACGUUUUAAAAUUCAGACGAGCGACAUGGGAGCCCCCCCUGGCAGGGCCUCACAAAAGUGGUUGUUGUCCACAUUAACUACUGUGCCUACUAAGCUGGUUAAUUUUAAAGAAAAAAUGUAUGCUUUUCCUCAGGACAAACAAAACUGCCUGUUAUAUAUGGGUAUCCAAUUAAGUGGGUGUCUGUAGAUCAUAGAGUGGGUUAUCACUGCAUUAAUAAAUUAUUAUUUGCAACUAACUUUAUGUAUUGAAAAACUAAAUGGUUCAGUACAUCACUAGGUUGCACGAUUCUGCUGAUAACACAGUGUGCCAUAAAUUCACUUGCCUCUAGGAAGAAGUGUUACACAGUGGAAGUUAUGUUCAUCAUGGAGGCCCAUCCUUGAUUGUGCUCUGUGGGUUUUUCUUGUUGUUUUUUUCCAUCGUAAAAUAUGAUUAGAAACUAGCAUUUUUAAGAGUUAAAACCCCUAAGAGGGCCUGGGAUACGCGAGUCGGUGACCACCUACAUUGAAGUGGGGGCAGGGGGGUUGAGAGCAAAUUUGGCUGUUCUCUCUUUGUGGCUGUUUAGAACUGUCAGAUUACUGAACCUUUCUUGAGUCAUUGUUGAGCAGAGUCGUGUUCAUAAAUUUCAAGCCGCUGAGAAGUACCUUUCUCCUGCUGAGCGUGAUUGCACAUGCUGAAUCCACCAUUAGAAGUUUGCAGGUCAUGAUAUUACACUGUAGGUUCCUGUAACGUCUUCAUUUUGUCUAGCAUUUCAUUGAAAUGUGCCAGAGACCACAUCAUCAGCUGAUAUAAUUCGUUUUAAGAAACCGUAGUUCACGGAGUUAAUUCUUCAGAUUUAAUCAAGAACCUUCAUCAAAAAAGACUAUUCCGCAUUGUUGCAAAUGCUACAUUCCUUUGGUUUGAAAAUGCAGAAAUCUAGGACGAUUGACUUUUUGAGGCUUCCCAUGCAUCAGACUGAUGGGAUUAGAUGCUGGAAGAUUCUUAUUCCAACAAAGUUACUAUUCAUAUGAAAAUGUAUAUCACAAUGGAACCUCUAUAACGAAGUCCUCGGUCUAACAAACUAUUUUUUUUUUACCCCGGUAAUAGUAAUAUAUAAGGCAAUAUGAAAAAGAACCUCGAUAUAAGUUAACAAACCUUGUUAUAAUGAACAUAUUUUGCCAGUCCCUUGGCCCUUCGUUAUAUCGAGGUUCCACUGUACUUAAUUUUAUUUAUUUUUCAAAAAGUGUGGAAGCCCCUUUGCCCUGUGUGGGCCCUGCCCUAGCUUGGCUCAGGCUAUAUAAUAACCCCAAAAUAGACUAUGCUAAAUCAGGCAACAAAGAGCAAUAAAAUUGCAGCCUUUAAACAGUAUUACAGCCCUUAACUUGUUUAUUGUAAUCACUGGUAUGACUAAAAAAUAAUGGAUUUGUAUAUUGCACACGGUACGUAAGACCAAAACUUGUCCUCCAGGUUCUUAGCUGGGGCCUCACAUUUGUCUUGUGAUCAACAAGUGUGCAGAUCAUUUAUUGUUACAGAAGGGUGGACAGUGCAGUGUAUGUGGUAAGGGGCCAUGAAACUUCCUCAUUUAUAGGAAUAACAUUAGUCUAUCCCAUAUUUAAAGAUACACCAAGGUUUUUUGAAGUAGCAAGGCUGUGCUCUAAGAAAAAUUGAAAGGAGCCCAGUGCUCUGGACCCAUGAAAUCCUGGGUGCCCAGCACAUGAUUUCUAUGAAAAAACUUCCUAGUUCCCCUGGAACAAUAGUUAAGCACCACGGGCCAACUGGGUGCUGGUAGAGCACAACCUUUAGUAGUGAAACAUAAAGCAGCAGUGAUGAGCGGGUCCAUGAAACUAUCUCAUACAUGUAGUACAUAACCCUCAGUUGCAGUAAAUAUUGCAGUGACCAAGCCUUGGUGAUUAUUCAUUUGCAAUCUGCCAGUCACAUCACUUCAGUGAUUCAGUGCAUGAGUGCCUCUGGAGUUUACUUCUCAAAUUAUGAUAUACUAUAAUUAUAAUUAUUAUAAGUAUUCAAUGCAAGAUUGCAAAACUUUUCAUUAUUCACUCAAAAGAAUAACAAUACACAACAUUCAAGAUAGGAUCACAAUUUUAUUUUACAGACCACAUCAGUAAAUGGUAAUAAUUCUUGCUGUAUUUUACAAAAUUUCAAAAACAGUUUUUACAAUAAACUUGUGUGCAGGGCUCUCUUGCUUCAGCUUGUGGUUUGAACUGUGUCUGUGCAGUUUAAAUCAGGCUCUGAGUUUUGGGAAGACUAAAAUUGAAAAAAGUAUACCUUUUGUUUAGUGAGGUUUAUGGCGACAAGAAUGUUGGAAAUACUAAGGAAUUUACUGUAUAUUAAAAUAUCAUACCAUUCAGAUUGCACCAUGAUCCUGAUAGAUUUUAAUAUUUUAUAAUAAAAAUUUACAAUAGAGCUUUAAAGCUUUUUAUAAAAGCUCAAAGGAAUGUUAAUAGUGGUAACAGAAAAAAAAAUACACUACAAGAGCAAGGUGUGAGCAAUAAUAGUGUUUACAAAACUAGAGGGCUCUCUGUGAUCUGUUGCCUUAGGGCAAAUCUUUUUGAAAGUUUCCUAAAAGUUUCGUAGUCGUCGCGUCCAGUCGAAGAAAGGUCUAAGAAAAAAUUUAUCUUCGAUGACUGCGCCAGUAGUACAAGCAAAAAUCACCACCGGCGAUAUAAAUAAACUUAGCGUUAGGGACAUUCACUGCAAGUUUUGCGAACUGUAAGCUUACCUCCAUGCGCUCCCUCUUUAUGCGAAGAUUUCUUUCCGGAUUCAAGAUCUGUCGAUUGAUCUUUCUUCCAUAUGCUAGAAAACGAUCCAAGUUUAAUUUUACGCUACUGGUUUCCGUUGAAAGCCCCGUAAAUGCUAUUGCAGCACUCUUCGAAGUUAUCAAACCGAGAACACAGCGAAACUGUCAGCUGAAAACAAACCUAUCACAGGUAACCCACAGGGUCGUAACAUGGUAUAUGGGCUCAGGGCUCACAGCCCAAAAUAUGACUGGGAUCAGGGCUCAGAAGAAUGGGAUCAGGGAUCACAAGGCUUUUGAGCCCAAAUCAGGGAUCAGAUUUAUUACACGGUCUAAAACUCUCUUAUCACAAUAUUUUUCCGCAUAAUAAGGUUUGUGUCCAUCGAAUUUCCUGGCCAAGGUGCAUUACCCAUUCUUGCUUUCGGCUGACGGCAGUUCCUGUCAUACGAAGUCCUGGUUGUUUGACGAAAACAUGGUAUCAUAUUCUUAAUUUAUUAAUUAUCAGGGGCACCCAACGGCAAUUUUCGGGAAAAUAUCUGUUCGGAAGACGAUUUGAGAUCUAGAAUUUUCGGAGCAUUUGUUGUAAAAUUUCUUGCUUGCCUGCCUCUCCUACGAUUUUCGAACAUCGACAAAAUGGUAUAAUUACCCAUUUUUAACGGAUUUUGACCCUAAAAAAGGCCACCUAGAAUUUUCGGGAGCCUUUUCCUGGCUGAAGUUUUCGAGAAGGUAAGUCUUUAUCCCUAUAAUAUUCGGAUCACUAGAUUUUCAGCUAGGAAAUCCGAACAGAUGAAAAGUUUUUAGGGGAUAAAAAUAUGCCUAUAUCUACCGUUUGAAUACUAAACUACGUUCAACAAUGCUAUGUUAAGUGGUUUUGAACUAUAUCCUCGUUGGGUGCCCCUGAAUUAUUGAGGGCACCGUGAUAUGAAUCUCAAGUCAAUUUUCUCGCUUUGUAACGCAACUCAUCAACUCUCUGUCAAUGCCAGAAGGCAGAGAAAGCAAUUUUACAGCUCUUUUUUGGCGAGAAAUGGGAAAGACUGAAAAAGGACAAAACGAAAUCCUGUGACAGAGAUAGGUACGUAAGUACUUCCUUGACUGAUUUACUCCUGGUAAGGGUCCAAGCAUAGAGUUUUUCGGCCGAUCAAACAUAACUUAUACCGCCAGGACAAUAGACAAACCGAUUCAUUGAAAGCGGAAUUUACUGUAUAGGUCCCUCUUGUCUCAUCGCCUCAAGCAAGUCACAAGGCGACUAUAAAUCGAGGUUCGUAUUUUUUGACCAGUAACUGAACUCUUAAAAGUGCUUAAAUAAUUAGUCAGAAUAGACGUCAAAAGUAGAAUACAAAAGUGCAAUAAAAAUUAUAUGAAUUCGCGCGCUUUGUUGCUAAAUAAAUGUUUUCUCGUAAUUUAAUAAAUCUGCUCUAAUUGCAUGGAGUUUUAGGGUUAUCUCGAACUCUGAUGAGAACCCGAGAUCGGUUCACCUACCAGUACUAGCAUUGGGCCGGGAAAGUAAAGGACACAUUCCAUUACUGUAUAACUGAUGAAUGCUUGUAUGAUAAAUAGUCUGAAAUUACAGUGUAGAAUUAGUGAAAAUAAGUCAAAGUGGAACACCAACGACUUACCUCGGUGAAAUAAAAGUAACAAAACCUUUAUAUUUUAUUUUCUUUAGCUUUUUUUUAUAAAAUAAACGGUUGAAUUGGUGAAAGGAAUGCUGCAUACUAGGUACAAGUAGCAGAGUCUGCAGGAAGUUAAUAUAUUAUAGCACUUAGCAAGAAGGGUCACCAGUAAGGGGCCCACUAUUUGAUUUUUGAGCCGGGGAUGGGUUAUUUUUUUCGUACAGGGGCUAUUUUGUUUUGCACAAAAUUUACAGAUCUUAGUGACAAUAUUGAUCUGCAAGAAUUUUUUCGGCCCUUUGAGCUAUUCGGCCUCGGCUUGUAACGGUUGGCCCCGAAAGAUAUCACUACCUUAGAUUUGGAGCCUGAAUUUUUUAGUGGAGAGAGAACACCCGCUCUGAACGACUACGCAUCACGGCGGCCCAGCUGCCUUUUAGAAUCAAUAAAGAGGCUCUACCAAUCCUCAUUUAUCUGGUCCUCGAGGCCAUUACACACAGAGAAAGCUGGGUCCAAAGGCACCAGAAUGGCUUCGAAAGUCGCACGGCAAGAGUAAACCUAAAGGAGGAUAUGGACGAGGAAACGAGCGCGGAGGGAAAGGAACGACAAAGGAAGGCAUUCCAGAGCUUUGCGAAAGAAUUCGGACGGGGUGUACGACAGCAACGAACGAGAGGGAAGACCAAAGGAAGUGCUGGUACACUUCCACUUGCUUGGAGUAUGUUCAGAAGGAAUGCGUCGGCACGUGGGGAAGUCGAUCUGCUGAAAGAGGUUCGAGGGAGUGAAGGACAAACUAAACUUCAAGACGUAGCCGAGGAAUAUGAGAUUACCUAUUCAAAAGGCGACAUAGUUGCUCUCAAGCACAAUUACAAGAGGUAUAUCAUUCCUUUCUUCCCUGCAGUUGUUUUGAAAGAUCUCCACCAUAACGGUGACGUAUUCCAGGAAGAUCACAUGGGUUUGAGAUGGCUGGAACAGUCAGAAGAAGAUCCCCUUGUAUACCAGACUGGGCACCGUGACGAUAGAAAUUCACCUAAGUGUAUCAUCGGGAAAGUUCAAAUAAUAAAAGAUGGAAACAACUUCUGUUUGAGCUGCCUUGAAGAGCAACGCCUAGUUGCAUUGCUCCAAGGGUCAGUUGAAUCAGAUGAUUCACCUGCGUCAGGUGGUGAAGAAGAGGUAGGGGAGCAAGCUUAGGCUGACAACUUUUCAGAGCCAAUUAGAUUUGAAGCUGGAAGGAGUAGGUCUGGAAGACCUACAACCAGAUAUGUCCACUGUCAAUCUACAAUGGUUAUUAAGCCAGGAAAAGCCAUUAAUUUUUUUGACACAGAAAAACUGUUAAACUGUAGAACCUGUGGCUUGCAUCUUUUAAUUUUUCUACUUCAUGUAAAGCAGGUAUUUUACUAUUGGUAAUUGAUCGUGAUCCUCAAUGUAACACACACAGAGUGAAAGAGAAAAUUCACAUAAGGCUACACUCUAACAACAUCAACAGGGAUAGCAGAAUAGAAAUUCCAGAAGCUUGGUUGCCCUUAAUCAAGAAACACAGCAAUAGGAGAUCCGUACGACAGUGGACCAGUGAGGCAAAAGCUCAUACAAACAGUGGAGUAAGAAAUACACCAAUCUCAUCGGCUAAUAAUCGACCAACCAGAACCAGAUCUUGGAGUCAUAUAAGUUCACGUGUGACCAGUCAACGAAGACUAGCAAGGCAAGGUCUUUAAGUGUUGCUUUUUCUCAUGAACACUUGAUAUACGCAGUUGAAACGUCGCGAUCUGCUACAUCAUUCAGUGAUUGAAUCGUGAGACAAACAAUUACACUUUAUUAACAUCAAUAUUGUAGGCCAGUAACACGGCCGACGUGAAAUUUUUGGUUGCAAGAGUCUCUUUGGAAAUAAAACAUAUGUGACCCACACAGCUCGGACAAUGAUUAACUGGACAAGUUAUCCGGGCAAGCAGAUGUUCGUAUGGGACAGGAAUUGGAAAGCUAGAGGAAGACCUUAGUUCAGAAGUACGUAACAGUGACGUUAAUUCAACCGGGGACCAACCAGCGCUAGCUGUGUUUACUGUUUGACUAAAUUGUAUUUAUUCGAAUUUUGAAUCCAAUGCUUUCUUGUGGGAUGAUUGGCUUAUAAACCUCCGGGUGGCCUUGCUCGUAUGAGCAACACUGAAAAUAAACCUUAUAAAUACUCUUGAUGAACGUUACAUCUGAAAAAAAUCAAGAUUCCGCCGCAAGAUCUUUCAAGAUGUACGAUACUUAAAGGGAAGUGGACUACUUUUAAUGUAUAAAUUAACAAUAACUUACAUUCUGUAUCUUACUAAAGCUCCCGUUCAAGAAAAUGAGGUUUUAACAUUUGUCUAGUAUCGCCAAACAUUAUAUUUAAAGUGUUUUAAAUAGAAUAAAGCACAAAAAGAGGUUUACUCAUAUUGUCUUUAAUGCUCUGAUAGAACCUACAACUUGCACUAAAAAUUAAAGUUAAUGUUUUUCUCAUCAGCCCAUUUGAGCAUGUUCUAUAUUCUAUAUUUGGAGAUAAACAAAGUUGUCUAAGUUAAAAUUUUGUGUAAAAUCAUGGAUGGGAUCAUUUUCUUUAUCAGGGCUCAGGGAUCAAAAUGUUGGGGAAAAUGGGGCUCAGGGAUCAAAAUAACGGCAAGAAAGUAGGCAUCAAUGGGUCCCGGAUAUACCAUGUUACGACCCUGACAUAUGGUCCGCGGAGUGGGAGUAUUCUGCCAUAUUUAGCAGCUUCUCUAGCGCCAGCGCUGGAGUAUGUGUGCUUUUUAAUAAUAAUUUCAACUUUCAAAUUUUGAAAUCCUUUUCCGAUCCAGAGGGAAGGUUCGUCAUGGUUGAUAUCAAAUUAGAAAGUAAGAUCUUAACGUUGGUUAAUAUACUUAUAUACUUAACUGAGACAAUAGCUCAUUACGUCAUGCACAUAUAUUGUAAAAUAUAAUGCAAAAAUUGAAGUAUGCUUCAACCAAUCAGAAGUACUCUCCAAAUCUAGGUAGUGACGCGUCAUCAGUAUGGAAUUUUUACGUUGGUUCCUCAUACGUCAUUUCGCGAGGAAACCAGUGGUGGCGUCGCGAAAUGUAGGCUGUUUUUCUCAGGCUAGAGGAAAGGAAAAUGUUUUGGUUUUGCGAAUUACUAGAAGCAGGUUUUCAAUGUGUCUGAAGUCACUUCCAUUUUUCUGCGACGAUUGUAGUGAGCCAGUAUAAAUGAUUUGUUAGAUUCAAGCACUUUUGCGCAGAUUAUCUCAUAGUUCAUCAGUUGAGAGAGAUUGUGGUUAUUCUUCAUGAUAGUUAAAAUUUAAUAAAGGAGUUAUUUUUAUCUCACUUGGAAUAUAGAAGACUGCUUUACUACUUACAGUAUAUCACGAACAAAUUACAGACUGGUCUGCAAGAGUUUUUCAUCAUUCAUGACAUUUUAAAACUUCGUCGCCACCUUGACACUGAGAUGUAAGGGAGAUUGCCAUGGCAAUUUUGUAAUUUCACACGUGAAAUUACAAAUUAUCGCUGAAAUUUCGCGCCAAAAUUAAGGAGUAAUUCGUCACCUAUAAUAUUAGUAUGUGUAAUCAAAUGGUGACGAGUGAAAUUAGGGAAUAAUUUCACGAGCGUUUUGUCCAAAUCCUAAUAAUUUCCCGAGCCUUUAACCUAUUAAUAUCAUGGGUGACGAAUUACGUUAGCAAUCUUGGAUUUUUGACAUGUUUAUCCUGGAUCGUAUCGAUCGAGAACUCCACUCUCUCAAAUGUUUAGAUCUUAAAUUUGGCUUAUAAAGUUCAGAAUUUUUCAGACUUUUUCGGCAAAGUACUUGUUAGAAUCCUUCUUGAUGUUCUCUUGUGUGUUCAGGUUUUCUAAAGCGUCUUUUUGUGCCCUGACAUCUUCAUUCACGGCAUUUUAGAACUUCGCCGCCAUCUUGACACUGAGACGUACGGAAGGGUCGCCAAGGCAAUUUUGUAAUUUCACAUCUGAAAUUACAAAUUAACGCUGAAAUUUCGCGCCAAAAUUAAGGAGUAAUUCGUCACCUAUGAUAUUAAGAGAGAAAUCUAGUCACACAAGGAGUGAAGACGACCACCUACUUUGAGUAGGUGCUUCAGCACCCGCAUCACAACUACCCCACAAUACAACAUUUUCAGGACGUCUAAAGCCUGCCUUGGGUAAAUUGGAAAUAAGUAAUCCUUUUGUUUGUCUUUAGGGUGAUUGUGAUUUAUUUUUACCAUAGGUGAAACAGACGGUUAAUGCCUAUGACACGAAAAGCUUGCUGUUUUGGCGAGAGCUUUACUAGUUGCGGAAUAUCUUUUUUAUGUAUCAAACUUCUAUCUCCUCACCAACGUCGUCACAACUUUGCACAUUUUUUCUGCAUGCUUUAACGUCAUCUUACUUCCCUCAUUUCACUACCUACAUGGUAUUUAGUUUACGUGAGGAAGCCACGCGAAGUGAUCUAAAGUUCCAGAUCUAGAAACACCCCAUUGUAAGGUAAUUGGGAUUCCGGAAUCCGGGAAAUUUUUUGCGUCUGGAAUUUGGAAUCCUGGGCUUUUGAAAUACGGAAUCCAGUUCUAGCUAACAAUUGAAACCUAGAAUCCAAGUUCCGCUGACAAGGAAUCCAGGAUCCAGCCUGAUCUAAAAUCCGGAAUCUGCAACGUGGAAUCCCAUUAAUCUAAUCCGUUUAAAGAUAAGUAGAACCGUGGGAAUUCUAGCAAAGCUUAGACAUAAUAUUCCAUUACGUCCUCUCUUAAAUAUCUAUCAAGCCCUUAUCAACCCCUAUCUUUAUCAUGGCAUCUGUGCUUGGUGCUCUGCACCUAAAAUUUAUUUAAAUAAGAUGCUCUUAAUUCAAAAACGAGCCCUACGCCUGAUUUACUUUAAGGAUUAUAAGCAACAUUCUGUACCAUUUUUCUUAAGUUCGAAAGUCUUUCUCCUAUCUUUUAUUUACUUUGAUUGUCUUUGUAGUAUCAUGUGGGACGUUGCUAACAAUUCUGCACCUGAAAAUAUCAAGCGAGCCUUUACUAGGAUUCCUGAGGUGCACUCAUAUCCUACCCGAUCUUCUCUCAAUGAUGAUUUCUAUACUGAACACUCAAGGCUUGAAAAAAUGCGUAGUUAUUUUUCUAAGAGUUGGACCAAAAAUCUGGAAUACUUUACCCUCAGAUAUGAGAAAAUCUACCUUUCGGAAAAAGAUAAGGAAUGAGCUCUUUGAAAUUUUAUCUAAAUCUGAUGACUAUCUUGAAAUCACUGAAAUCAUGCAUCAGCUUAAAUUUAACUAGCUCAGGAACACGACUAAACUUAUAUUCUCUGUGUAAAUCAUAUUGUAAAUUAGCUUAAUACAUGCUAUAGUUUUUAUUUUGCGGCAGCUGGUACUGUUUGUAAAAUAUUUCUUUUUUCCUUUCCUUUCUUUAAAUUUUUGUGUCUCUUCGCCCGCCUCGAUUAGGCUCUCCUAUAAGCGGGUGGAAGCUAUCGUGAAAUUGUAAAUUGAGAUUGAAUAAAUAAAGUUGAAGUUGAAGUUGAAUCAUUCUAAGACUAUCUUGGAUUACCUUACAUGGGCGAUCUAGAGCCUAAUUUUGUUCGCUUCUAUUCAACUGAUUAAUUAUUAAAAGAGAUGGUCAGUAUUGCUCUCCCGCCACUUUUUUUUGUUCAGUAAUAGCGCGGCGGUGUCGGUGAUAGAAGAGGUGGUGGUUGUUCUUAUACAAAUUAAAAGUAGAGUGUUGUAAAUGAGAUCAACAAUUGAUAGUUAGUUCAAUAAAAUGUAUUUGAGAAAGUAUCUUUCACCAAAGGUCAGUGUUUAUAAUGAAAUAAAAAUGUUGUUUCAUAAUAUGAAGAAGAUGAUCUCAGAAACGAGAAACUACUUCACAGUUUUACAGGGUGCAAAUCAAACAAAAGGAGACAUUUGCCGAGCUGAAAGGCGGGUGGUUGAAAAACCAAACCAAUUAUCUUCGUAAAAAGUAAUUUUGACACAGUGACAAAUAAUCUCGCUCAGCAGUAUUUUUACCACAUUUUGUGUCUUAAAAUUCAGUUAUUUCUGAACCACUCCCACCAUAAGUCCAUUUUCUUUUUUCUUUAAGAGAUGUUUUCUUAUCUGAAACCUAUUAAGUAGAUGACAGCUUUGUAAUAAAUAAUUUUAUUCUAUAUCUGCUGUGUUUGAAAAUCAGAUUUGGAACAAUCCUUCCAAUUGCACCUGUCGUAAAAAUUUCUCAGAUCUAAUUUGUUUUUUCCAAAUGCAAUUCAUAUAUGUGUAUAAUGUCACCGCAGGAUAGAGUUCCACCUCAUUUGCAGCUUUUGUUUUUCAAUUUUGCAAAAAGAAUGCUGUGCACCUAUCAUAUAGACAGCAAACAAGAAGUAGAUUUUAAGAAUAAGACAGAUGGAUCGUCGCUUCCUUAAAGUACGUUUGCCAGAAAAAUUGCUCAAUUUUGGGAUAAAAGAACAGUUGACAUUCUUAAAAGGGUGCAGACAGCAAACAAACUCUACAAGAAUAGGAUGAACAACACAUCAUCAGAAGUGCUACGGUUUAGGUUGUCGUCACUGGUACCUAAUAAUAACGACAGGCAAUUUUUAUGGUUAAAAUUGACUUUCGGUCUGUACAUUGUAACUUUUAUCCUUGGUUGUAUAGGAAACGUAAGUGUCUUGAUUGUCACUGGUUUCAAGACAAUAAGAAGGCGACGUCCACACGAAUUGUUCAUUCUUAACCUUGCUAUCGGUGACUUCAUUCUGAUAGUAUUUUUUAUACCUUUUCAAAUCUACAUCACCAUCGGAAAAUUUUAUCCCUCGGUGGUCUUCUGCAAGCUCAUUGCGCCUUUAAUCACGGUAGCUUUUGGAGUGAGCGUGUUCACACUCUCUGUGAUGGCGGUUCAUCGAUGCUACGCCAUCACCAACCCGUUCAAACCAGCUAUUUCGACUCGUUCAGUUUACUUUUGGCUAGCCGCCGUGUGGGUUUUGUCCAUAUUGUUGGCUGUACCAAGCAUUCUGGUUUCUACUUCAUAUUUAAACCGUUGUAUUAAACUAUGGCCAAGUCAAAGCUUAAAAAAGUCGUAUACUUUAAGCCUAUUCAUCGCCAGGUUUGUGGCACCGUUUAUGACCAUCGUAUACGCUUACGUUCGCAUCGCAAAAGACUUAGCACAUACAGCUAGCCGAAGAUAUGAUUUGAGGAAUGGUGAAAUCAGGACAAGGACAGCUAAGUAUGAAAACAUUAAAGUGAUGAAAACUCUGACCGUGAUUGUCGUGUUAUUUGUGUUCUGCAUGUUGCCUAAUCGGCUUGCUACGAUAGUGGUGGUAUUAGGGGACGAGUCAAAGCCGAACCGAAUAGCAGGCCAUGUUCGCCAGUACACUUCUGUUUUAACAAUCUUCCAUAGUUGUGUGAAUCCAAUUGCCUAUGGAGUACUUUCAAAAAGAGUCGUUGCCUGGUUUCGUUUAUGCUUUCGUGGAAGGUCGAAACACCGUCGAAAUAACCAAGGGGACACCGUGAACAUAUUU